GAGCGGAAUUCUCGACCACUGUAGCGCUUCACGUCUCGAGCAAGUACUUAUGACCUCCUCGAAGGAAUAUCUUCCCCCUUCUGCCAAGGACGGCGUAUUCGCUGUUUCCGCGUCCUGCGUGAUAGACGCUCCUCGAGAGAAGGUUUGGCAGAUAUUGUGCGACUUCCCGAGGUACAAGGAAUGGAACCCAUUUGUUCGGGGACAGACCGUCGUAGACGCGUCCGGGAAACCACUCCCAGACCAGACGCCUCGUCCUGGGCAGAGCCUCUACAUCUACCCUGUGCAUAUUCCGCCUUGCCUUGGCGAGCCGAGCAAGUCGACGCGCGUCAGCAGCGCGUCCGAGAUAAUCACCGUCGUCGACCACGAGAACUACCGCACGGCGUGGCAGAACGUGGCCCUGCCCGCGUUUCUGCGGCCAUACCUGAUGAACGCAGACCGGUGGCAGAUGCUGACGGAGGUCGAGGGAGGGAAGACGAAGUACGAGACGAUUGAGGUGUUCGGUGGGAUCGUGGGGUACCUCAUCAAGUGGUUCGUUGGGAGUGGUUUACAGGCAGGGUUCGAGGCGAUGGCAGAGGGGCUGAAGAAACGCGCGGAGGGCGCGGAGUAGUGGUCAAGAUCAUUCGUCGCCAAGAUGAUCGCUUGUGGCUGGUAGUACAAGUACAAUUCAAUAUAUCGCUACUGGGACUUGCAGGCCUUUCGAGUUAAAGUUCGCCCGUUCAUCUUAUAUACCACUCCACUCUGUCCUGCUGUUCACCGUAAAGCGUGCCUCGAGGUCCAGCUUGUCAACCCCUGUACCGACGCGUACUGUGUACUCGCCCUUCUCAACCACCCACUUCUCGUAAAUGUCAUGCCAGUAGGACAGUGCGAGACGAUCAAGGGUCAAGGACACCUCUUUACUCUCUCCGGGCUGAAGGAAGACCUUCGAGAACGCGCGAAGCUGCA